AUGACUAAACUGAAAAUCAGUUACAAGGACGAUUCUUCCUCGUCGAUCAACAUUUCUUCGUCUCAGCAGUCAAAUCGUCUUCCUCAAGCUGGAGAGAUUUCAGUUUAUAAAAGCACCAGAGGUGGUGAUUUUCUCUGUCUUCACGGCUACACAUAUCAAAUUGAUCGACGAAUGAAGAAUAAAAUAAAAUGGAAAUGUAAAGAGAGCAGAAAUAAGACAAGAUGUGGUUCAAAAAUUUAUACAACAGAAAAUGUGGGAACUGAUCGAAUAUCAGCUUAUAAAUAUCUUGGAUCAAAUGAUGUUUUUCACUCACAUGACGGAGACAAUGAUCAAAACAAAGUUGCAAUUUUUCAAUCACAAGUUAAAGAUACUGGAACAAAUAAUCGAACUGUACCACCAUCAAGAAUUAUUAAUCAACUAGCAACUUCUAUGAAAUUAACUGAUAAACAAUUGGGCAUGAUUCCACUUCAUGCUACAUUGUAUUAUAGAGUCUAUCGUGCCAGAAGCAAAACAGUUCCACCACUGCCAAAAUCUGUGAAAUUUGACAUUCCAACUACAUUUUCAACUACUUCCUCUGAUGAGAAAUUCAUAUUUUUUGAUCAUUUAUAUUGUAAACAAACCAAAAGAAUUAUAGCUUUUGGAAGUCCAAUGCAGCUGAAAAAAUUGUUCACUUCGAAACUAAUAUGUGUCGAUGGAACAUUUUCAAUUUGCCCGAGAAAACAUAAACAAUUAUUAAUUAUUCAAGCCAUCGAUCAACAAAGGUAUGAUGGUAAGCCAAUGAUUGUUUAUUAA